CUUUUAUGAACUUUUUUACUGACAAAAGUGGUACUAUAACCUUCAGCAGAGUGUCGGGUUUCAGCCAAAUCGGUCCAGUAGUUUUCUCGGUUAGCGCGGUCGAAGAAAAACCCUUACAAUUUUAUAUAAUAGUAUAGAUUGUAUAGGUAAUUAUAAAUAUUUGUAUUAUACUAGACAUAAAACAGUACCCCCGAAUUGAGGGUGGAUUGGGGGCAGAGUUAAUUUUAUUAUUUCUAUUAAAACAGGGAGACACCUCUUUUUACAAAUAGUAUUCUGCAAACAAAAGGCUUGCAAUUACUUUGAGAUACUUGGCGACUGGACAUUCAUUUGAAGAUUUAAAAUUUUCUUCCAUUAUAUCACCAACAACAAUAAGCAUGAUUGUAAUUGAGACAUGUGAAGCAAUAAUUGCUGUACUCAAGGAUCUUAUUCAGGUAUAUAAAACAUUAUUUUACUUUUAAAUUUAAAGUAGUUUUAUAUUUUUAUUUGAGAUAAACAAUAUAUUUUUUUUCAAAUUUUUAGACAAAAUUAAUAGUAUUAUUUUUAAUUUUUAAACAACAUAACUUAAACAAUAUAUUUUUUUCAUGGCUUUUUUUAUAAAAAUUGAAAAAAAAAACAAAAAUAAAUACUUAAAAUUAAAUUGUAUACAUUAUGACUGAAUUAACUUUUUAAAUUAUUUUAAAACAAUAUAUUUUUUUUAAUUUUACAACUAUGCUUUAGUCUUUAACAAUAUUACAGUCUUUAUAAUUUAUUUGAGCAAUCAGUGUUAUUAAAUAAAGUCACAAUUUAGUAUUAAUAUUAAACAUCACUUCCAUUCCAGUUGCCAUAGAAAUUUUGUAAAUUUGUUUGUGUCAAAACAUCAAGUCCUGUGAUUGCGUUAUACCAAUUGAAGAUUCGUUCCAACUAUUUACUGUCAUUGGAAUAGAUGAACGAGUGCAGUCUUCUUCGUUUAUUUUGACUGAGUUUCUGUGCUAAGUUCCAAGCUGUGCCUCAAACAAAAUAUCAUUAAUUGCUUUCUGAGCAAAUACUUUAUGAUUAGGAGUCAGGGUUUUUAAAGUUGAUCUAAGUCUGAAUCUUGUCUAUUUUCUUCAUUUGAUAAAUAAUUACAAGCAAGUGAAAGAAAUUCAUUUUGUUGACUGAUAGUAGAUUUGGAUUUUUUUGGUGACUGCCGAAUAAAAGUAGGAACUGCAUUUUCUGUAUGUUGAAUUACUUCACCAGAUUCAUUGUUUGGUAUCUUAAAUAUAAAUUGAAGAGUUACAUAAAAAAUAAUAUUUUUUUAAUGUUUUACUAAUACAUUUAAUUAUUUGAUAAUUUUAAAAGUUUUAUUUUUAAGAAAUGUAAAUAACUUUAUCAAAAUAAGUAAAAAUAAAACUAUUUUAUUAGGUUGUUAUUUUUUUAUUUAUCAUGAAACUGUAUAAACGAUUAGUCAAAAUGGAUCGAUCACGACAUUCGGGGCUUGUGAUUUCACUUAAGUCAUUCAUCGCUGCAAUGUUAAUACUGACGACUCGAUAUCCGAAAUUUUCAUCAGUCAUCAGUAUCGUUUUUCCAUACUGACAGUACAUCAGUACUCACAUUACACGAUCAAUAAUAGUGUCAGUAAUAUUGAUCGUGUGAGGACCGCAUAAGUGGUUUAAAUUUUGAGAUAAAAUUUUUUCUAAAUUAAUAAUCUUUCCUACAAUUAUGUGAUUUUUGCUGAAUAAAAAUUUAAUUUCAGAGUUCAACCAUAUUGUCUCUACUCCUUUCUUGGCUUUGAUUGCAACUUUAGAUGUACAUUUGAUAUGUAUAUUCAUGUAUUCUGGAACGACUUUCAAUUUCUUACGAGUUUUAUUGAAGUAGAUAUUCAUAUUAGUAUUCAUUAAUUUCAUGGUUAUAUUAAAUAAUUUUGUUUUUUUAAUUUUAUUAUUUAUUAAAUACUUUUAUUAAAAGCAUAUGUACAAUAUUAAGAUUAACAGUGUUAAAAAUUUAAGUACUAACAAUUUAUUGAUUGACUUACCAAUCUUUAUCAUCUCCAUAAUAAUUAAAUUUAUAUACAAGUGGAUUAUCAACUGAUUCUUUUGUAAAUUUAAACCAAAAUGAGAUAAUUUAUAAAAUAAAAAUUAUUAUCAUAAAAUAUGUUGACUUUCUAUUUUCGGUUUUCCCACAUUAUUAAAAAAAGUUAGGUAAAUAAAAAAAAUGACCCUCUUUUUGCAUUAAUAAAACAAAAUUUUUUACUUGAAACCACUGUUAAAGUUGAUGAAAAGUGAAAACUAUUUUACAGAAAUGUAUGACAUAGGUAUAUAUUAUCAUAGUCAAAUUAACAUCAUUCAGGGCUUAAAAUUCAUUAAUUAAAUCAUUUAAUGUGAAUAUCACAUUGAUUUUAACUACUUAUUUAAUUAACUAAUUAACUGAUUUAUUUCUAAGUUUUAUUAUUGCAACUAAAGUUGAAUUAUCUAGUUAAACAAAAUAGAGCUUGAAAUUAUUUUUAACUAUUUAUUAAAAGCUAAAUGUAAUAAUAUAAUUAUUUAACUAAUUUUAUUGGUAAAUAUUUUAUUAAGUGGCCUGGAUACAUUUCAAUCUUCUGUUAUUAAAUAAAUAUUAUUAAAAAAAAUAUAUAAUGCCUAUUUAAUUAUUUUACCAUAGUAUGACAUCUAUAUUGUUGACAAAGCAUCACUAUCAACUUAAUUCCACUCAGAAUUGUUUUUUGUUAGCAAUGGUUUAUUGUUGCUUACAUACUGAACAUUCUAACAGUUGACAAAAAAAAAAGUCGCCAUGAAAAAAAUGAGAUGAUAACAAACACAUAUAGACCACCACAUCUCAUUAACAGACUCGGAAACAUGUUGAGUGAUAAAACCAUCUUUGAUGCCAUCAGAUUUUCGGAUGUAAAAAAGAUACUAUCGAUACCAUCAUAGAAAAUAAGGAACGCAAAGAUGAUUUGAUUUAGCGCCCACGCGAAUUUUUAAGUUUUUUUUUCGAAAUGUAUGGUUUUAUGAGUACAUUAAGAAUUUUCUUAAAAAAGGUAGACGAACUUCGUUUUAAAGUUACGAGGGAAAAACUUCAUAAAGUUCGGGUUUUCUGUUUUGCGUAUUUCUUAGUUAGAAUUUAACGUUUUCAAUUUUUUUUUUUUUUUUUCAAAAUCUGUGUUUUUAAAUGUUUAAUCCAUUUGCAUAAUUGAAACUUAAUUAUCAUACUUACACUUUUAGUUAUUGUACAUAAAUUUUUGAAAAUAGCAUUUUUGGAAUUAAUCCAAAAUGUGGUCAAAAAUAGACUCUUUUUAUAUUAUUUUCAACUAAAAUCGUUCCAGCGAGCGCAGCGAAACACGGCGCGUUUGAACAUUUGUAACUCUAAACCUAAGCCAUAUAUGCCUUAUUCUGACUUCAAUAAAUAAACUUUUUUAUCAAAAUAUCAAUAACUACAAAUAAUAAUAAAAAGUCUAUUUUUGACCACAUUUUGGAUUAAUUACAAAAAUGCUAUUUUCAAAGAUUUAUGAACAAUAACUAAAACAGUAACUAUGAUAGAUUAAGUUUCGAUUAUGCCAAUGGAUUAAAAAUUUGAAAAUGUUAAAUUCUAACUAAGAAAUACGCAAAACGGAAAACCCGAACUUUAUGACGUUUUUCCCUCGUAACUUUAAAACGAAGUUCGUUCGUCUUUUUUUCACAUUCUUAAUGUACGCGUAAAAGCACACAUUUUGAAAAAAAAAAAAACUCAAAAAUUCGCGUGGGCGCUCAACUAAAUUUGUUCCGAAAAUUUAAAAUGUAGACAAAUAAUAUAUUAAAUAUAGUUAACAAACCACAAAUCUGGCAACGCCGCACGAAAAAAGGCAGGUAAAGACGUUCGCAAUCGUGUUUACGGUAAAAAGGUCCGCUCGCGAACGUAUACCACCCACUGUUACGGUUGCAAUUGAAUUAUUUAUGCAAAAACACCGGAAACAAUGGUAACGAUGUACACUAUACGGUAUACGAUAACGUAACGCGUAGUUUUCGUCGUCGUAAAAGGCGGUAGUGACGUAAUGCGGCGGCGAACGACCGGACACUCCUACCACACGGCGGGCGAUCACGGUUCACGCCGUUCACGGUAUCGCGGGACUGCCGUUCGCUCCUCGAUGCCGUCACCGUUCCGCAACCUCGCGCCUCCCCGCCAUUCGCCGUUCGCGUCCUUCGUCACUGCCACCGCCGCGCCGUUCGCCAGCGCCGCCCGUCAGCCAGUGCCACUGUGAUGUGCGAUCAAUAAGCAGCACUUUCCAUUGUUUGUCCGUUUCGUUGUUUGCAACAGGUAUCAUCGCUUCGUGUUGAAUAUCGCAAUACCUGUAUCGAAACCGUUGUAUCACUGGUUAUCAGCGUCAAAAUCGACCAUCGAGAAUAAUAAGUGGAAAGUUUCCCGACGGCCGUCUUCACAACGUGUAAGUACAAUAAUCGGACGACCGUCCCACACGAACCCAUCCGACGUUCGCAAAUUCGGAAUGAUUACGGCACGUCCGGUCGUAAAUAGUUUAUUGUCCCCUCUCCCUAUGACAUGCACUGAUAAUAUCAUGCGUCUUACUGUACAAGUUUAAUACCGCCUCGGGGAAUAUUAAUUACUACUUACUACGAAAGCAAUGUUUCACUAACCGUUGUUUUACCGGUCCGAACGUUUGCUUUUGGUUGGUGCUGCCGUCGAAUUCUUGAAUAUAAUUAACACCAUUUGUGUACACUACAACACACAGGUACUUAACUCUGAUACAAUAUAUUCCUGUAUCAAAAUAUAAUAAAUUAUAGGAUAUGCCCGAUUCCUCAAUACUAAUAUAUGCUCGUAAUUAUACCUACCUACCCAAUACAUGCCUCGAGAUAAUUUAAUUUCAAUUCAAAAUUAUUUCAAUUUGGGUCAUUGCCGUCUUUGCCAUCGUCAAUAAUGUAACUAUUUUGUCCAAAUAGUACCUAAUUAUGAAUGCGGGUACUAAACUAUGUAUGUCCAAAGAAUGUAAUAUUAUUUGUGAUUAAACCAAAAUACCUAUAAGUACAGUUAUUAAUUAAAUUGAUUAAAUUAAUACUGUAUAUUGUAUUAUAUUUAUGUUUUGCAAUAUUAUUUUAUAAAAUAAGCAGAUAUUGUUUAAAAAUUGAUUCAAAUUUUUAGACAAAUUUAAUUGAUCAAUUUUGUUCAGUUAUAAAUUUCCAUCCUAGAUGUUUAUUACAUUUUUUAAUACUCACUGAAAGUGAAUAUUUAAUAAUUGGAAAUGCACAAUAAUUAAUGAUAAUAACAUAUUUUGUGUUAGUAAUAACGAUUUUGACUAAUGUCAAUCCAGUAUUAUCUGUUUUUAAUUGGUUUGAUUAGAAGUGUUAUCUCAAUUUGGCUAUUGUGUUUUAAUAUUUUUUAAUUUUAAUUUUUAUAAUUGUACUAAAUUACAUACAUUAGGCAACUUUAUUUUGGAGUAGUUAACUGUCUUAUCUAAAUUGAUUUUAUGCAUUUUAAAUUCCAGACUUCUCAUUGAAUAAUUUUGUGCAUCUGAAACCACUAUUAUGCAUGUCGAAAGAUUAAUCUGAAGUAAAUGGAAUUAAAAUUUAAAUAAUAGGCGAUAGUAUUUAUAAACUUACUCCCAAAAUAUUUGAAUUAUGAGUACAUAAAUUGAUAGAUAUCAAGAGAAAAAAUGACCACAGUGAGACCACUAUUAUUAUUUUUUUUUUUUUAAAUCAUUCAAUUUUAAUGGUAUUUGAAUGAAAAUAUAUGAACAGAUUUUCUCAGAAUGUUAUUGAGUGUCUAACAUAAAUAUAUGGAUCUUGAGUUUAACUUUAAUUUAAUUUAAUAAAUGAUAACUUAAAAAAAUAAAGAAACUGUCUCACUGUAGCUAUCCCUUGUACACGUUUAAUCAUUAUUAAAUAUAAAAAAUGCCAUUCAAAUAAAUUAAAAUCUAAUUUAAAUGUAUUUAGUACACAAUUAAGUUUUCUAAAGAAAGUUUAAUAAUUUAGUAGUUUAUUAGGAGUAGCACGAGUCAGUGAAUUAGUACAGUUGAUAAGUGAAUUAUAUUUACCUAUUUUAUCUUUAUAUUCUUUGAUUAUUAUAAAAACCAAUCAUUAUUUCCAUCUUAUUUUUUAUUUGAUGAGUUGUGGUUCAGAUUAGGAGAGCCUAAUUUGCUGAACUUGGGCUACAGACAUCUUUAACGCUACUGGUAAUUUUAUAUGAAGUACUUCCUUUGAAAAUUGCACUCAUUAUAACCCAGUUAAAUAUUUUGUUGAUUUGCGGCGGCAGCAAAUCUGCUGAUCUAUUCUAAAAUUCGUAAAACUUUAUCAGAAAUUAUGAAGUUUUAUAUACAUUAUGAAUUCUACCGUAUUUAAAUAACCUGUUAGUUUCGAGUACUUGUACAGUACUACCUACUAUUAGGCUUAAGUAGUUUGUGGCACCUAUUUAGAGAAAAUCAAAAAAAUGACCUCACUAUAGUACCACACCAGUCUAAUUUCCUUUAGAAAAAGUGUUACACUUGUUAAUUGAAUAAAUAUUUCUGGUAGAAAAACUAUUCACAGAUAAAAAAAAAAUAAAAAUUUUAAAUCAUAGGUAAGUUUCUUCGCUCCACUCAGAAUCUAAAAUACUCAUUGCAAUUAACUUUUUCAUACUUUGAAGGACAAAGAAAUUAAUUUUUAUGAACAAUUUUUUUAUUCCCUGGUUGUACAACCAACCUCUUCAUACUCAGCCUGACUUCUUAUCACUGUAAUUUAACUGUUUAUACUAAUUAUUGUUGUCUUACUACUGCCCUCAGAGCGUUUAUAUAUUUAAAUAAAUAAAUACGUAUAAGAUAUCACAUUUAUAUAAUAACAUGAAAAACAAUAUUUAAAGAAAAAUUCAAUUUUAUAAUAUACAUACACUUUAUGAAACUUUGAAAGUUGAAAAUACAGUAGAAUCCGUUUGUGACAAUCUUCGAAGGACCUAGAGAAUGAGAUCAUUAAAUCCGGAUGACAAAAAAAAAACCUUAAUAUUAUUGAAAAAGUGAAUUAUUAAACACAUUUUUUUAUUAAAAAUUUAUUAUUAUACAAACCAAUAUUAUAUAUUUAUGAAUAAAAAAAGUACUUAUUAUGUAUAUAAAAUUAUGUUAACCUAAUUAUUGUUUACAAUAUUUUGAAAAAUAAGCAGUAAUAGUACUUUAUUUAUAACUGAGACAGUUUUGAGACAUGAUUUUUGAAUAUAAUUAACAAUAUUUUGUAAUGUUAUUGUAACUUCUGGCUUAUUGAUAUGGACAAAAUUCAAUUUAUUGUUAUAGGCGAAUGAAAAAACCAAUUUUAAUUUCAAAAUACCAUCGUUAUAUCUGAAUUAUCAAUGUAACCGAUAUCGUUAUAUUCACCAAAAUUAUUGCACGUGAGAUAUAAAACCAACCAUGUACAUGGCUGAAAAUCAUUUUAUCUGGAAUAUUGUUAUAUACGGCAUCGUAAUAAGUGGAUUACACUGUAUCUCUAAAACAAAACAUCUUUUUAUUGUUAGCAACGCAAAAUUAAUAUGUGAUAUUAGUUUGUACUGACAUAAAAAGUUUUUGUAUUCUUUGGUCUUUUAUACAAAUAUUAGUAUGAACAUAGAGAUUAAAAACUUCUUAUUUAUUGAUCUGUACAACUGUGUCCUGGGUCUCACUGUGUACACCUUUCCCUUCCUUAAAAAAUGAUAACAAAUGUAUGUACCAAUAUAUUAAUUAUGACAGCAAUGUUUUCGAAAAAAAAACUGUUAUUAUUUAUGAAUAUUUAUUACUUAUCAGUGUUGAAUAAUUUUUACUUUUACCUAUUGGUUUUCUAUUCAAGCUGAAUCACUAUACCCUGUUUCAAAAGAAUACAUAGCACUUUCGUGACCAGUUUUUAGUUUUAAUAUGACCAUAGAUGUGUAAAGAAAUUAUGUUAGUAUGAUGGUCAUGACCGGUGCUACCUAGUGGAAAUGCGUGCUGCCGAACGAAAACGUGUUGUGAAACGUUCUCUUUUGAAACAGGGUAUAGGUAAUAAUUAUUUAAUUAAGGUUUAAUACUUGUAAUAAUAUUAUAAUAAAAAUGAAAAAUAAAGUUAUUAGGUACCUGCCUUGCCUUUAGAAUUCAAAAUAAACAAUUAUGAAAUUUUUGUUUUAGAGUUUUGUUUAAAUCAUUGGAAAUAUGGCUGAUCAAGGAUUUCCAAGUCAACAUACUACUACUACUACUGUUACCAGUACCGAAAUUAUUUCAAACCUGAGAUAUGACAAUACAUAUUUUUAUACACUUUCUGGAAAAUUGAAAAUUGCCCAAAUUGUGAGUAUUGAACUGUAUUGUACAGUAUACAGCAAAUUGAAAUUAUUGUUUUUAAGUUUUUAAUUUUUUUUUUUUUUUUUUGGUGGGGGGACAUUUUGAAACCUGGAAAAAAAUGAUAAAAUUUUUAAUUUAAUAACAAAAAUACCAUUUUGGUUAGCUUAAGUGAUGGUUUAUUAACAGCCAUAUGUAACUAGAAAAUGUAAAGCUUAAUGUAGCUUAAUGUAUUAUUUAAAUAAAAAUAAUUUUACCAAGAGGGUAGACCACUAUAUUUAUAAAUUUAUGUACAUCACAUUGCAGAUUUCUGAUUUACAACAAUUUCCAUUGAUUUUCCAUGAUUAAAAAACGUCUUUAAAUAGAUAUAUACUUGAAAAAUAUUCAUCUUGGAGCUAUGUUAAAACACUGUGUAAUAGUAUAUAUAAAUGAAAUAAAUAUUCUAACUUGUGAAAAUAUGAAAUAUAUUAAAAAGUAAAUUUAAUUUAAAAUUUAAUAAUAGUGGCAAUAAAUAUUAUUACUAUAAAAUAUAUUGACUUUGACAAUCUAUAAACAUAUUAAUAUGUCUAGGAUAUAGAGGAAAAUUACUUUUUUCAUUAAAUUAUCAAUUUUGAUUACAUAUUUUAUGGGAAGUCAUAUGUUAUCAUACUGAAAACAAUAAACUUUUUAACUAUUAUUAAUUAAUUAUCUUCAUUAAUUGUUCCUGGUAAUUUUAAAUUCUGAAGAAAAAUCUAGAUUAGUAGACUGAUGAGAAUUAUAAUAUUAUUUUUCGUUUUUGCCAUAUUAUGCAAUUAAACAACAUUUUUGUUUUAUGAAUGCUAUAAAAAUUAAUUUUAAUAAAAACCAAAGAGAUAAGAAAUAAUAUCAUGUUAAUCGUCUAUAACUUUAAAUAAUUAAUAACAUUUUGAUAACCAAUAUAUUUUCGAAAAAAAUAGGUAUGGAACUAACUCAAAUGCACUGCUUUAUAGAUGGCUGUGUAGUGGAUAUAGUAUCGCGAGGAAUUUUCAAUAUGAAAAAACCUGUAUACUAUUAAAACAGUUGAUGGGGGCUGGUGGGCAACAAAAAAAAUAUUAAGUAUUUUCAUUUGAGAAAACAUAUACAUUAGUUAGCGUCUUCCAAGACCUCUCAAUGGCCGGGGGAGGAAAUAAAAAAAACCCUACACAAAAUUAAUUUGUAUUGUUUUCACUUAUUUGUAUAUUGAUUAUGUGACCAGAGAAAAUACUAAAUACAUCCUGCAGAAAUUAAUAAAUUAUUUAACAAUUUUUCAUUUAUAAUAAUUUAUUGCAAGCAACCUAAAUAAUUAUAAGGUAAAUAUUUUUAAUGAGUUACUUAUUUUUUAUGAUUUAUAAAUCAUAUAAUAUAAUAUUAUUAUUGUGUCCAAUAACAUAGCUUUCAUCCUCCUAGGGAGUUUUUUAAUAAAAGCAUUCAAUAUUUCUUUUUCAGUAUUUUCAUAUUCUAAUUCGUCUUUAUUUAUUGUUGCUAAUGCCAAACCAUUCAACCUUUCUUCAUUCAUUGUAGCUCAUAAGUAUGCUUUCAGCCUUUUUAGAACAGAAAAUGUACAUUCUGGGGUAACGGAUAUUACAGACAGAAUAACAAAUAAAUGAAGAAUCUUUAUAUUUGGACAAAGCUCUGUAUAGUGUUGAAUUGUUUCUACAGUAGUCUGGUAAAUUUUCUUUCAACUGCCAUUGAUUUCUCCAUAUUAUGAAUAACUCUGCUUUUAAACAUAUAUUUAUACUAAUUAAAAAGUCAUUUUUGUAAAUAGAAGCAGCAGCUAAGAUUGAUUGGGCUAGUGGUAUAAUUGUUUUAGUAUUUUAUCAAAUCAUAAAUGUAACUGAGUAAUUAGGUUUUCAAGAAAUUGUAUAAAUAUUUCUAUUUUAUAUUAUUCUUCUCUGUCUGUCAUUUAUAUUGUUUUGGGCAGUUGUCUCCCACAGGUUGGAGGCAUACAUAUUUCAAUGUCUAGUUCAGAAGCAAUUGUGGUAACAUUUUUUAGCAUCUGGUUGAAUGGCUUCUGAAGUUUCUCUAACAAUUAUUACAUCAUUUAAAGCUUUAGAUAAGUUUUGUUGUUUUACUUGCUUUGCAGUUCUUAACUUAAUUGUUUAGUAUAUGAGAAGUAAGUAACAGCUACUUCAAGAGCGACAAGAAAAUCACUCUUGGUUAUAGCACUCGCAUAUAACAACCUUUUGGUUGAGGUUUCAGGAUUUGUGUCAUAUUUUUUAAGAUGUUAUAGAGUAACAAUUAUAUAAAUGUAAAGUUCUUUGAAAGUAAUAAGUGAAUCAUGUGGAAUCCACAUUGUGGAUUGUGUUUCACAACAUUUUUUCAAUUUUGUUUUUUUGACCACUUUUAUUAGAAUUAAAAUUUUUUAUCAAAAUUACUACUUUCAUGUAUUUUGGAUAUAAUAUAAUAUUAAUUACAUAUUAUACAUUAAUAUUAUCAUAGGUACUUAAAAAAAAUACGUCCUAUGGGGGAAUGAAUCCUCUAGCCCCUCCUGGCUACGCCAUUGUUGCAUGGUUAUCUGUCUAUUCUAUAUUCAAUGGUAUAAAUAAAUUUGUUUAUUUUCAAGUCUGUAAUCACAUUAUUUGUGUUAUAUUAAAUAUAUUUUACUAAAAUUGAUCGUGUCCAUAUGUAAUAAAAAAAGGAAAAUUUACAAAAAUAAUAAUAAUAUUUAAAUUAACUAAAAAUUUAUCAAUAAUGUGAUUAUUAUUUUUAUUAAUUAAUUUAUUUAAUGAAGUUUUGGCAGUUACCAAUGUAUAUUUUAAAACAUGUCUAGUUCUUUAGUUAGAGAAUUGGGGAUAUUAUAUUUUGAUUUUCCUAGAGGUUUUCGAAAUAUUUACAGGUAUUUUGUUUACACAAUGUUUUCUAUCAUAAAUAGUGUUCAAAUACAAAAAUGACAAGAGAUUAAUUGAUUUCGUUCCUUAUAAUAUUUCGCCACUGACAGAGGAAGUCGUUUUUUGAUAUUUAAAGUAUUUUUUAUAAUAAUCGGGAAAAACCAAAAAAGUGGAUAUAUAAUUAUUUUCAAAUUACGGCACAAUUUCAUUAUUUUAAAUUUGUACGGCUUAUUUUUUCUACUAUGAAUACUGCUCCAAUAGAUAAAUGAUAAGAAACUUGUUUUGUUACAUUUUUAAUCUAGUUCAUGAGUAAGUUAUUCCUUUUUUGAUUUUCUUUGUAGUUUUAUUAAUAAUUAAGGAUAACCAAAAAAUCAGUAGAUAUUCCAUUAAAAUUUGAAAAAAUAAAUAGUUUAGCUAGUUAUAUAAAUAGCUUUUAAUUUUACAAAGAUGUUUAUUAUUUAUCUGGAUUUUUACAUAUAACACCUUUUCUGAAAGAAAAUUGGCGUGGGGAGGUACUUUAACAUGGUCAUUUUGAAAUUUUCUCAAGAGUUUUCUCUUUAAAUGCGAAAAAAUCGAAAAAAAAACUGGAAAAUUUACGAAAUAUAAUAAAUAUAAUAUUGUAAUAUUUUUUUUUCUGUGGACAACUUUUCUACCUGAAAUUUUGUUCCAACUCUUAAUAAUAGCAAUAGUUCUAAAAAAAAAUUUCACUAUCAAGGUAUUUUGGAGAUGUUAAUUAAUUUUUCGAUUCUUCUAAGAUAUUUCCUAGAAAAUGUGAAAAAUCAGGAUAAAAAUGGAAAAACGUAAGAAAACUGGACAAAUGGCUACAACAUUAAACAAAUAUUAUUAAAGAAAAUAUAUAAAGCAUAUUUAAUUAUAUUACUAUAUAAUUACAUAUAUAUAUUGUUGACAAACCAUCACUAUCAAUUAAAAACUCCCAACAGAAUCAUUUUUUGUAAGCAAUGAUUUAUACCUGUUACAAACAGUUACAGGUAUAAAUUAAAUAACUAUGUAUCCCACCUUUCCCACUACCCACCUACAACAGUGGCCAGUCCCAAGUAUCAGCUCGGUUUAUUAUUACAAUUAUUGUUGUAUUUAAUUUUUAUUUCCAGGUGUUGGUUCUCUUAAGUCUUAUUGCAGCGUCAUUUUCUACCUAUAGUGUAUGGUACCAAAAUAGCGCUGUCACUUCAAUAUCAAUGUUUGGAUUUUGGUUUUCAUUAUUUAUGCUGGUAUUCUAUGUAUUCCAUGUAGUAGAGUGUUUUUAUAAAAUUCCCUGGCUUAAAAUUGUGAGUUGGGUCAUUUUUCUUUAUGAUUUUGUUAAUCUUUAAUAUUGAUUAUAUAUUUUAGGAAAUGAUUUUCAAUGUUUGUUGGCCAAUUCUAUAUCUUUUAUCUGCGGCUUCAGCUGCUGCAUAUACUGGCUUGCAUUUAAGCUACAUGAUAAGUUUGGUAUGUGUAUGAUUGUAAUUAUUUUUAAAAUCAUGACCAUAAUAUAUUCAUAAUACAUCUUUUUAAAAUUUGUAUUUAAAUUAAUUUAGUUAUUUGGAUUUGGGGCAAUGUUUGUGUAUGGAUAUGAUGCUUUAUUGAAGUAUCAAUCUGUACAGCGUGGAGAAAUUGCACAAGGUAAUAUAGCAAUUCACAAACAAACAACAUCAUCACCCGUAACAGCAGCAUAUUGAUUACUGUAAUAAUUUAAUAUUAAUAACAAUCCUUUUUUUUGUACUAAUGAAUUCACUCUGGCAUCACUGUCCAUCACAGUUUAUUUUAAUAUUAUUAUAUUUUAAAUUUUAAAUCAAUUAUUCAUCAAACUUAAAAUAAUCAUAAGUCAUAAUACAAUUCUACCUAAUAUUUUUUGUACUUUAAAUGACUAAUUAUUGAGGUUUCUACUAACCAUUUGUAUUUCAUGACUUCUUAUUCAGGAGAACAAUUAAAAAUAAUAUAUAAUUUUUCAUAAGCAACAUAACUGUUUAUUUGGUAUAUGGUACAUAAUAUAUUAUUAUUUAUAUAAUUCACUUCAUAUUUAUUUACAUCAUUUUUUUUUUUAUAUCAGCUAAAAGAAAAAGUACAAAAGUACAAAUAUUUAUGUUAAAUUUCUUUAUUUUAAAUAUUAAUCAAGAACUAUUUUAUAACUCUAUUUAUUUCUCAGAUACAUGUAAACAGCUACUUAAUUAUAACUUUUGUUGAAAAUCAUAAAAUAUAUACUAUCUAGUCUUGAGAAUAUAAUAAAAUAUUUUCUGUUUUAAUUAUAUUUCUAUAAUUAAAUCACAUUUAUUAUGGAUUUUGGCAUUAUAUAAUAGGAACCGGUACAGUAUUAAUAUUUUAUUACCAUACUUAAUAAGAAAAUUAGUAAAUUUGUAUGUACUUUUACUAUUUUUUUCUCCUUCUAAUUUUAGCUUUGUUUGUGAAUUCAAACAAUUUUACUUAUUAAAACAAGUAUGUAUUAUAAUGUAAUAUAUUUUUAUUUAGUAAUCUAUACCAAAUAAACAGUUUUAUAGGGUUUUUAUUAUUUCUUUUAACUAAGACAUUUUAUUAUUAUAAUUUUUAAAUAUUUGUUAUAAAUUUGUUUUUUUUUUUUUAUUUUUGUUGUUAAAUUUAAAUAUAUUAAUCUGAAUUACUAUCAAGUUGAAUCUUAUAUACCUUAUAUUAAAGUCUGUUACUUAUUCAAUAAUUAUCAGAAUUAAAUAAUUAUAAUAUACGUUUUUAUUAAAUAAUAUAUUUUUGUAACUUUUUAAGCAAUGAUUAUUUUUUUAUUGUAAAAAAGUUUAAAAAUAUGUUGUUAUUGCACAUGCAAAUGUAACUACUCAUUUUUUGUUAUUAACAAAAAAAUAUAGCUUAAUAUUAACCAUUUAAUUUAUUACAAUGUCCAUUGUUUAAAUUAUAAAUACUUAAUCAAAAAUUUCAUUUUAUUUUCAUUUACCAAAGAAUAAUGUUGAGAAAUUGUUAUUUCCUAGUCUUAUUCAAAUCUAACCAAUUUAUUAAAGGUUUUAUGUUUUCAUUAUGGUAUUUAAAGAGACCUGCAUUACUAAUAAUAAUUAUAUAUUAUGUUUAUAUUGUCAUUUUUAUUAAAUUGUAAAAUUAUAGAUCUUAUCAACAAUUUACGACAUAAGCUAUAAUUUUAUUAUUCAAAGAUUGUUUGAUAAUAAUGAUAAGUUUACAAAUGUGCAAAUCUUGUCAUUAAAUUAUUUUCGUACUUAUUAAAUUAAUCUUCACAAAUAAUAUAAAGUAAUUUUUUUUGUAUACAUAUUUUUCAUAUAACAUUUAUAAACCUGUACUAAUUUGUUAAUGUGUAAACUAUUUCAUUUUGUUUUAAAUAUUUAUGCAAUCAAAAUAAAAAUGUAUCAAUAGGGUAAAAAAAAAUCAUAUUUAUAUUGUAUUUUCUCAUUAAUUAACUUUGUUUACAACACAAAUUUUAUAAAUUUUAUUUUAUUGUUAUCAACGAAUUUUAUUAUAUAUUUAACUUUGUAACCUGUAUAAUGUGGAAACAUUAUAUGUAAUUAUUUAUAAUUCA